AUGGCAAACCUUGCGGUAUGGAGUACAUAUUGUUCAUCCACCUGUCUGUGUCCGUCAAUCAACCUGAAUGGCUUGAAGAACCUGCAAUCUCCGGUGUUGAAGAAUAUCAGCAUGCAGCCCUGCGGCACAUCCCAGUUGACCUCUCAUCCAACAGAGAUGUACUCCCGCGGAGCCCUGGUUCUGCCCAUCAAAAGCACCUCGUCCAAUCCGGAAACCGCGUAUCCCCACGCUCUGAUCUCUGCCACAAACCGGCUUGCGGAGCGCUUUCCAUGUUGCGUCCCAUCCCACUACAUCCCGCCACAGUUUGUCCCUCCUCGACCCCGCUGUCAAAAGGACGGAUGCCAGAAAAAGCAAGCAAGAGUCAGGACCACUGCUAAUCCCUUGAUCCAGUGA